GUGAAGAGGAGAGGAGAUUUCUCUACUCUUUUUGUCGCCUUGGAAUCGCACAACGACGGCGACCAAGAGAUCACCACCCACGUUCCUUUUUUCCAACAAGUACUGUACCUACGCACUGUCGGUGAACUGGCGCUGGCUGAGUGUUGCUUGUCCUCUCUCCAUUGUCUGUUGACUUUGACUUGACGUCUUCAACCAAGUCAUUCUCUACCUACCUUACUUUCUACAGCUCAGCUCCCUUUGCUGUGAUGAGCGACGAAUGAGCCUCCACCAUCUAGUGUAGCUCUCCCACUCGAAAGCACCGGCGUUUGUCCCCGUCUUACAUGACAUCCUAGGCUGGACCUACACGGCUGUCUGCCAUCCGCCCCCCCGCCACUACGACGACCGGCUUUCCAUCCAGAUCAUGUCCAAUAACACGAAUAGCCUCGAAUCUCUGCCACCACGACCACCCACUCCACCAAAGAGAGAACCACAUAAUGCCCCUCCAGCGACCAUCCCAAGAAAUGUACUGGCCCCCAUCGAGCUCGACAGCAACCUCAGGGCCGUCCAUACCCCGCCUGCCCUAGACUCGCCCGGCUCAGGUCUCGACAGCAAAUCAACCUCGAAACGAAGCACCAAACGAGUUGGCUUCUCGGCAAAGGCAGAAUACAAAGACGCUCCAGUCUUCAUCGACGGCGACAAGAGACAGCAGCCGACCCCCGUCUCCCUCCCGAGAAGCGCUUCCAAGCCUGUCAAGUCCAUCCUCAAAAUCACCCACCACGUCCCGAACCCUCUCGAGGAAGCCAACGGCAAUCCGUCUGAUCCCUCGAACCCAAACAUCUCGGUCGCAACCAUGUUGGAGUCAACCCUGAAGCAGCUCGCCGGCGGCGACCGCGACUCCAAGCUCGAUUCCUACAUGAUGUUGACGCGCGCCUUCAAGAUCUCCAACAACUUGCCAGACAGGGUGGCUUUGCAGGAAAAGAUGGGCCUGUUCAUGCAGUUCAUGCAACGAGAUCUUGUCGCCAGGACCCCUCAGGGCACCCUCGACUCCUCGCUUGUUCAGCAUGCUCUCAAGCUCAUCGUCACCUUUCUCGGCCUCCCUGCCAUUGCCUCGACCAUGACGACCGACUUCGGAUCCUUCCUCAUCGACCACUGUAUCCGCUCCUUCCAAGACAACUCGACCCCAAAAGACACUGCUCGACAUUUGAUGCAGCUUGUCUUGGUACAGAACUUCUCGUCCAAGGUUAUGACCCCUGAGCGAGUCGGCAGACUGGUCACGUCGCUACACAACAUCGAGGAGAACAUCAAGGGAAAGAGCAUCAUCAUGUACCGGCUCAUGAUAUACCAGAAACUGGUCAAUCAAACGGCAAAGACCAUGGUUCUUCAUUCGGACUGGCUAUACGACCUUUUCACCGACAUGCUCAGCACAAUAAAGGAUAUCCGCGAGAAAGCCGUCACCCUGGGCCUCAACGCUGCUUUCACCAUCGGUCACGAGGUCCAGCUUUCGCGCAAGACAAUGGAGAUAUUCAACUCGGUCGCCCAAGAAAAGAAAUACAUCGAGUACUACGAGGAGAGGCUGAAAGCCAUGGUCAAGGACAAGACCGUAUCCGCCUCGGUCCCCCACAUCUGGAGUGUUGUCAUCCUGCUACUACGGAUCCGUCUCAGGGUAUGGGACCGUACAGCGCAUUGGCUGCAACUGGUCCAGAAUUGCUUCAACAACAUCGAUUACCCUACCAAGAUUGCCGCUCACCAUGCCUGGGCCCGUCUGGUCUACUUGACAAAUGCCGUAGAGCCGUCCUUUGAGGCUUCCCUCAAAACCAUCAUCACCCCUUUGACUAGUCAGCUCCGAAGAAAGAACAGUGCAAAGGCCUCGGAAGGACAACUCAGGGCAGCUGUCUUGGGUGAUGUGUGCAAUCUCUGGUACUAUCUGUUUAAGCCCAAUACAAAUGCAGCUUUGCUAGAUGGAUACUGGACAGCUGGCGUCCAGCCCAUCGUUACCGCCCUUGUGUCCAGUCCGGACCCUUCAAAACCAGUAACCGCAUCCCCAACCAAGAAACCCCAGGAGACUCAUGGGCAAGCAAGUGUCAUUCUCAGCGGUCUCUUUAACUGCACGACAGCCAGGCGAUGGAGUGUGGAUCGAGUAAUGGAGGAACCCCUCGCAAGACCCGAAGAGGUUCCCGCCAUUGACGCAAAAUGGGUUCGAAAGAACGCUGUCAUGAUUCUGGCUGCCAUUGAGCCCAUCCUCGCCAAUGAUUUUCAUGCACUUUCCAACAAGAAGAGCGCAGUCUACUGGCUCUGGGCCUCUCUUGUUGGGUCGAUCGCCUCUGCCGCAUCUAAAGAGAUUAAGGUCUCCAAAGACACAGGCUUGUUUAUAACAGAAGCACUGUCUGUCCUGCAAAAGAUAUGGCAAAAGGGUGUGCAACCUGGAGAUGCCGCUUCCGCAGUGGAUUUCCUUCGCGCUACAAAGGGAUAUGUGGAGAUCAUGAUAACUUCACUUGGCCUCCCCCCUUUUACAGAGAAGCUAGGCAAGGCUCAGGCCGGCCAAAAGUCGCCUAUGCAUAAUCUGUUUUCUAUGCUGUCUGGGCUUCCUUCUGGCAUCCCUGACGACGGCACCUUUGAAGUCUUCUUCACUUCCGUCUUUGAACACUUUACCGAGGCAAAGAGUGAGAAAGGAAAGAUGGAAAUUGCCCUGGAUUUGCUCACUUUGAUUCCCAUGGAGACACCACGCCCAUAUGGAAUGUGGCUGUUUGUUGCGAGGGCGCUUGAGGGAUGGCUCCAACUUGAUCACAGUAGCAACCACUCAACUGGCUCCGGUGAUACGCCCAUAGGCCACGAUUACCGUGAUAUCGUCAAGGUUCUCGAGCGUGGAAUUAGGUCGACUCCUAACCUGCCUCCUGAUCACUGGGAGUCACUUUUCAAUGCUGUUCACCAGAGGGUCAGAUUAGAAGCAGGAGAACCUGGUGUCGCCAUUGUUGUCAUCGAACCUCUAGCUAAAGUGGCACUGGAUCAACUUACUACCCCGGGACCCAUGAUUGCUUUCUUUAACGGGGUCCGAAAUGUCGCCGAGUUGUUGUCGAUUGCGAGUCAACCACGCGACAAGCAAGCCGUUGACGCAGCUCGAAGACGGCUUUGGGGAACGGCCCUAGCUGGUUCGCGCUCAGCCACUUUCGACACGUUUGACAACUUGUACAAGGCUGUCAAUGAGGCUUUGACACGGCUCUACAAGCAAUUUGAUUCGGAUAAUGCCGAACUUAUCAUCUGCCUUCUGCAAGAAUUAGUAGGCUUUUUCGAUAGGUGUAACCAACAACUCAUCUUCAGGACAAUGUCAAUCCUUCAAGAUGGCUUCCUCCCUUGGCUCCAAGACCCUAAUAGACUGCUUGGCAGCCAAUUGGACGCCAUCGUGGUUGUGACAAACACGCUCUGGGACAAGGUAUGCGGUCAUCUCUCGGCAACCGAACGCCCCGAGCAGCAGCUGGAUUCACUCAUGCGCAUCUUCUGUGCCACUCUCGGUUCCUCUCAUCGAUACAUUGUCAACUCGGCUGUAUCCCUUUGGAACAGACUGUAUGGCAAGGCUGAGAAGCUAGACUACCCUGAUGAGCUCAAGGAAGUGCUUGCCAAACUCCGACCAUAUGCCGACCUGGUCACGCCCGGUCUAGAGCUUUCUAGCCUUGAGUAUCCCUCCCACGAACCCAUCUUUGUCGAGUCAAAGGAGGAGUUCAGCUUGCCUAGACUACCACCACCAUCCUCAAGACGCACCACAAGAAGCGCCUCACGCACCAACUCACCAGUCAAGACGCCGGAUCCUGUUAAGCGCAGGUCCCCAACCAAGCGACGUGCCAGCGCCACUCCCGAAGUCAAGAGCUCUGGCUUCAACCUCCGUCCCAAAGCGGGGGCACCACGUCUUCGGCACGAUGACUCCCAAAUCCAAUUCGCGGCGGUUGACUCCUCCCCUCAACUACACCUCAUCCAUGAGGAAAUGGAGUCCCAACUCCUCACUGAGCGCCAAAAAGAGGUCCGUGAGCGCCAAAAGGCAAACGCUGCGCUCUUCCCCGAACUUCGUUCCUCCCCAGCUACACGAACCCGAAGCUCAGCGCGUCUCGCCGCUCGCUCACGCGAGGCUUCCCCUUCAGGUGCUCAGACCCCUCAAGCUGGAACUCCCAGAAACCCAGGAGGCAGAUUCACCGAGUUCGUCAGCGGGACGCCUACACCCCGUCGUGGCCAGGCGUUGACAGCGAUUGUCGACCAGGACAUGGACAUGAUGGACCCGCCCUCGUCGCCGCCGAUAAUGGAACCAAGGAGGAACCCGCUCGCCGCCGAGAUAAGGUCCAGAUCGGCGAACACGAGCUUGCUGGAUGAUUGGCAGCUGUCUUCAUCUCCCAUCUCUGGAUCGCCGUUGCGCCAGCAGCCGUUUGCGCCGGUGCCGUCGAGUUUGGCUGUGGCUUUGGAUGCCGUCAAUGCUGCGGUUGAGUCGUCUCUUGCACCGGAAGAAGCGGCUGAGCAGGAUUUGAUGGAGGAGGAUGAUGAUGAUAUUAUUGAAGAGAGUGUGCUGCCCGACCAGGAGAAUCAAGCUCUUCCGACUGUGGAGCCGGCUAAGGGGGGUCAUCUGGGUGUGCCACGCCAGGAAACGCCGGAGAAGUCGGACCAUGAGCUGGAGGAGUUUGUGGAUGCGCCUAGUAGCCCGUUACCGCCGACGCCGCAUAAGGUAGGCAGAGCCGCGGCCAAACCUGCCAUCCAGGCCAACACAGACCCGGCGAAGAAGACCGUACCUACUCCCGCCUUUGCAACUGCACCCACCAAUGCUCCCGCUGCCACAGCGGUUGUACCCGCGCCCACCCCAUCAGGUGCCCCAUCUUACGACGGCGGCGAAUGGGACGACCGGUCCCUCCUCAAACUCGUGGUUGAGCUCGACUCAGGGAAGCUCGAUAGACAAGAGUACACCCGUCCAUCUCCCUCCGUUUCGCCCGAGAAGCUGGCUCUCACAGCAGCGAACCUCAAGCCCAGUUCCAGUUCUAACAAGCCUGUUUCCGGUCCCACGUCAGCUGCCCCUUCCCCCGCUGCUUCGUGCAUCGUUGCUUUGGAUGACGAUAACAUAGUGGAGGAGGAAAGCGAGAAUCUUCAGGUUCCAAAGCCGGUGGCACCUCGAGGGCGGGUGACGAGAUCGCGGGCUAGCUCUGUGGCUUCGAACCGUUCUGUGGAGCAAAUUCCGAGUUCACAGGCGCAACAGCAGCAGGCGACAACACAAGAAAAAGGGAAGUCCAAACUCAAAGGUCCGACGAGCGCACGAGCAUCGGCCGGGAAGGGGAAGAGGAAGAGGGUGGCUUCUGCAGCUUCGGAGACUGCUGCUGCUGCUGCUACGGCUCCUGGAACUGGAAAGAAGAGGAGGAUUGGACGUCCUUCGUCUACUGCGCCGGCGGAACAGGAAAAAAGGGAGGUUCAAGUUCCAAGGAGUCAGAGCCAAGAAGUCCCUCCUAAAUCCGAACCUAUCUUUUACGACCGUCUCCCUAUCUCUGUCGCAUCCUCCUCCCAGUCGUCGUCGUUGUCUCACAUAGCAUCCAGCCGUGCCUCUUCGGUGGUGUCUAACUCGGUUCUUGAUGAGCGAGCUAGGGGUUUUGUCCCUGGCGGCAGUGGGACCCAGCGCACCGUGCCUUCUUCCCUCCUCCCUCAGCAAACGUCGCAGUUGUCUACACCUGCGUCGGUGCCAAGGGAUGCGGGUGAUGCGGGUGAUGCAGCUGAGCAGCAGUCCCAAGGGACUCAACAAGGACAGGUUCCAGAGAUGGAGGAGGUAUCCUCCGAUGGCGAAGAUCUCGUCCAGUCGCAAAUAGAAAUAGAGUCUAGGAGUGCGGAUGAGAGACAGUCGCUAUCUAUGUCUCAGGUGGAACAUGGUUUGGAACACUACUUGGAGGAGGAGGAGGAGGAGGACUUGAUUCCGAGUUCGCCGUUUAUGGCUGUACCAGCUAGUGGAAGAAGUGGAAGUGGGAGUGGGAGUGAAGUCUUGGUGGAGGAUACGGUUCUUUCACCGGAACCAAACCAAGGAGGACAGGAGGAGGAAGAAGAAGAAAUGGAGGUUGAUGAACCACCACCACAACAACAACAACGAGAGGUGGGAAACAACAACAAGGGGACGUUAGCAGAGCAGCAGCAGCAGCAGCAGCGUCACCAGAAACAUUGGGUGAUUGGAGAGAAGAGGCUGACGGAGGACGUUAUUACCAGCGCGCCACCACCACCACCACCACCCGGCGGAAAUUAUCACCCAGAAAGUCUUGGGCAGCAGCAGCAACCGCAACAACAACAACAACAACAACAAAAUCAACCUGGCGAGGAAGCCGUUCAGCGACUGGAAGCUUCUUUGGCAAACAGCAGCAGCAGCAGCAGCAAGGAAAGCAGCAGCAAGGAAAGAAUCCUCUCGUCCCUCCGCGCCAGUCUAAACGAACUGCGCACCGCAACGGCAGCAGGCGGCCUGUCUCGGCAAGAGGUGUACGAGAUUGAAGACUUGUUUAUGGAUUUGAAGAGGGAGUUGUAUGAGGCGGAGAGGAGGGGGAGGUCUUAGCCUUGUUUGUCUUUGAUUGCUGGUUGGGCACUACGUGUGUGAGUGUUGUAUGUAUUUGUGUGGGGGUAUUAGGUUAGCUCAGGUUAGGUGUGGGGGGGGUAUGGAUGGAUGGAUGGGUAUGGUAUUGGCUUUCAAGGCGUUGCUGUUGUUGUAUUGUUGUUGGAAUGAAAUGGCUUUUUGUAGCUGUUAAUUAGGUAUAUGGCUGAAUGAAGAGAAGGCGCGGUUGUCUGGACUGGUUACCUAGGUUAGAAUAAGAGUUGAGUGCUGGGUUCGUGAAGGUGGUAGGAGUUGGUAACUAUGAUUGAUGUUUGGGUCAAGUUGAGAUCCUUGGUACACCUACCUACUCCGAACUCCGAAUUAAAGAAAUGAAAAUACUUGGUGUUGGUACUAGCUAGGUACUAAUCACCCGUCCAAUGAACCUCUAUUUACUCUC